UGGCACAGGGCUAGGUAGCAGAGGGCAGACUGUGCUGUGCUAGAGAACAUCCAGGCUGCAGGGUGGGUAUCCAUGAGAUGUCAUGGUCUGGGUGCUGUGCUUGCAUGGCCAGACAGAGAAGGAUUAAAGAAGUGAAGUGGCUGGGUCUUCACUGGGAACAUAUAUUCCUUCACGCGAAGUGACCUCCUUAGUCCCCUUCCACAUCAUCUUAAUCCCUGUGUCACCAGGACCCAUGAGCAUCCACAGCCCCCUCCCCUUCAGUCUCCCCUGGGUUCACCAUGGUAGGUUCUAACCCUGCGCAGUCCCUCUGCUCUGAGGCUGGGUCCCUCCUCGGUCCUUCUGUCAUUUAGUUCCCCACACAUCUCCACACGAACAGCAGAGACUGGGGACAUGCCCAGUUGCCCCCAUGGCACAGGGCCUGCAUGAGGCUGGAGCACAGAGCCUGACAUCUCCCUGCAGAAAGCCUUUGACUGCUGAGCGCAGAUUGCUUUUAUCCAAGCCCAAUUUCUUAGCAGGGCUCCCAGGGGACUCCCCCCCCUCCUCUACCAAGCAGGGGGGAAAGAUAUGAGCCUUUUUUUCUUAAUUGGUUUAAUUUAUUCAGCAGUGCAGAUGUAAAACAUUUUGUUAUUGGAGAUAAUUCCACCUUUUCUGAAGUCGGGAAUCAAACGCAGUGGCUCUAGGUAGCUAACAAAGGAAUAAAUUGAACGCAGCACUUUAAAGGGGAAUCAAAGUGCCAGGCUAGAACAAUUCCCCCAUUUCCGUGGCGUUUUUCCACAAUGCCAUUUCCUGCUGAUGCGAAUUCCCGAGGCUGCCUCGCUGCCCGCCCCUCGCCCGCUCAUCUCAAUCUCUUUCUUGUCUCCCCUGGGCCGUGGUGCUGCUGGCUCAGGUCAGCCCUGCCGGACGGCCCCGAGGCCGAGGAGCGGCCGGUGUCGGUGUUGAGCUGCCUCAGCUAUAGGAAGCGGCCGGGCCUCAAAGACUCCAUAGGUGGCCGUGGGGAUGAGCAGACGCUCUUCAGUGCGCUCAGCGAGCGACCUUCUUCCCCCGAUCGUGCUGCCCGCAGAGCAGCCCGCGGCGGUGAGCCCGAGGACCGGGCAGCCGUCAUCGCCCGUGCCUUCGCUGAUGCCAGCAGCCGUGCUCGGCAAGGGCUGGGCAAGCGGUGGUCCCUCUCGGCUGCUGAUGGCGAGAAAGCCUCCGUCGCCUCUGCCCCAGUGAGCCGGGCCUCCUCCACCUCCUGGCGUGGUCUGGAGGAUGAGGAUGAGGGGGACGAGGGGUAUUCGGUGCUGAGCUUCGCACUCUCCAGCCCUGGAAGCUUGCGAAGCCGACGUGGGGGACCAGAGGGCCGGCCUGAGUCACGGCACUCCCUGGCCCGCAGCCGCCUGGAUGAGGGAGACGAGGGGUCCCGCGGGCAGCCCCCUCUGGCACGCAGCUUCUCUGUGCCCCCUCGGCCCCGCAGUGCUGCCUCUGAGGAUGGGGGUCCUGGGGACGCCCGCCCCGUGGGGCACCGCUCCUACCUUGACCCUGACCUGGAAGCUGCCAUCCAGGAGGUGCUGAGCUACCGCCCUCUGCAGGCCAGGGGCAUCUCCAGCCCCGAGGCUGAUUCUGGGGACGAUGGUCGCAGUGUGCGGAGCAUGCGAAGUGUGAGAAGUGCGGCCCCCCUGGGUGCCGCCGACCGACCUCCCGGCAGCCUUCGGCGCUCUGCUUCUGCUCUUGACUUCUCUCGGCGCUCUGGCCGGCGCCGCAGCAGCUCAGGCUCCUCAGAUGAAGAGGAGGAGCGGAAGAAGAAGAGUGGUAAGAAGCGCACCAAGAAGGCCAAGAAGAAAUCCAAGCAGAAGAAGAAGAAGAAGCAGCAGUCAUCAUCUGACUCGAGUUCCUCAUCCACUUCCUCCUCUGAUUCCUCCUCUGGCUCCACCAGCUCUUAUCGGAGCACCUCUAGCGUCAAGAAGGGCCCAAAGGCAGUGGGGGGUGAGGAGCUGGGGCAUCCCGGCCGGGGCAAGAAGGAGAAGCAGCGGAAGAAGCAGGUUGACAGCCUGAUGAUGAAGUACUUGUACCGUCCUGAGAGCGACUGAGGCAGGAGGUGGGAGCAAUGUGUGCCGUGCAGCAUGAACCUCCCUGUGUGCCACUAACCACUCGCCCUAACUCUUGCCCAGCUCUGGGAAUGGAAUCCACCUCCACCAGGCACCCUGAGAAGGGGCAUCUCUCAGCAGCCCUACUUCUGGGGUGCUGCAGGGCAUCCCUGAUGCAUCUCCAGCCAUGGGGAGAAUCCCCAGCAUGGCCACAGUGGGACCGGCAGUUGCCCGUGCUGCCAGAAUACAGCAUGUUUGGGAUCAGCAGCUGUGGGAUACCAGGAAGCACUAAUCCCUUACCAGUUCACACAAUGCAGCUGACUUUGUUCCUCCAGGAGAUUUGAGUGCUCACUGGGUGGCACAGCAUCCCUGCUGCUGUCAGGGCAUUUGCCAGCCCAAGGAUGGCAGUGGGUCCUGAAGGUGGUGGGCUGGAGCAAGAUGGGUACUAACAUGCACCCUCUGUAGUGUGUGAGCAUGGAGGGAGGCAACACUCAGCAGAGCAGGAGGCUGGGGCUUGGAGGUGUUUCUGAGGAUGGCCACAACCUGCUGCCCUGCACUGUGUAGGAUGCCUGUAAUGGGGAACUGGAGUGCAAACAGCCUUACCCUGCUGGACUGUGGAGCUCUGCACCCUAACUGAUAGCAGAGGAGAAGGGUGCAGAGUGAUUCUGGAGCAGAUUUGAUCCUUUCCAAUGGCUUGAAAUAGGAAGAGGACUACAGGAAGGGAGGAAAGCCUUUUGGAAACGUGGCCCCUGUUGGGCUGUCUGCUACCUGUCUGGGAAGGAAUCACAAGGUGGCAGGGAGGGCGGAGAAACAUCCUUAGCACCCAGAUGUGAGCUCUGGUGCGACUGAAACCCUCAAGCAGUGAUGUUCAACGAGCCCUGCUCUUUGCACCCACUGACAAUUUGCAUUUUUCUGAGCAAGGGGUGCCAGGUGCCUGUGAGGGGUGGCACCAAAUAGGCUCCAUGUGACCCCACCACAGCUAAGAGGCUCAGCUUGGUUAAGGAGUCAGUUGCAGUGGAGCAUGCCCCAGAUAUCUGGGAAAUAGUAAAGAUGGUGAUUGAGGCUCCAGCCAGCCAGCUGCCAGCGUGCUGGCUCACUACAGCUCCUAGUAUAGCUGUGCUGGGAGCAUGGAACACCCCCUGAUGCCCACUGACCCCACUCUCUCC